CAAACUUUCCCAGCCGCCGACGCUGGGGGAACUUGCGCCUGCUUGGCCGCUCCGACUCUCUGUGGCCUUCCAGGCGGGCCAAAGGUGGUGCUGGGGGAAUGGGAGACGGCGACGCGGGCGCCCCGAACCCUCCCGGGCUGCAAGGUAAAAGGAUGGCUUAUCACAAAGUCAGUGCAGACCAGAAGGCUCAGUACCUCGACAAUGAGGACCUUCAAGCAACGACACUUGAACUGGAAUGGGACAUGGAGAAAGAACUGGAAGAGCUGAGCUACGACCAUUUCCAGUCGGAUGGGACAGUCCGUCAGCAAGUGGGGACUAUGCAAAACACAGACAUUGACCUGGAGCCCAUUCAGCCAUCGACAUCUCCUAAAGGAAGGUUCCAGAGGCUUCAGGAAGACCCGGAUUAUGUCUCCCACUAUACAAGGCCUCCGCCAAAGAGCAAUCGCUGCAGCUUUUGCCGGAUGUCAAAGCUUUUUUGCAGUGCAAUGUGUUUAUUACUUUCGGGGAUUUUGAUAGGUUAUUACGGACACAAAAAAUGCGUUCCUUCCCUGGCAUCUCCAGAACCGAGUCAUCCUCAUCUUGACCAAAACAUUCUUGAAGAAAUCAACGUGAAAGACCUUGCACAGAUUUUCAGAGAUUUGAUGGAGUCACCGGCCAAAGAAGGUGGAGAGAUUGCCACCAAGCUUUUUGUUCAAUGGUCAUCCUAUGGCCUCGAAGACGUCCAGCUCGUAAAUUAUUCUGUCCUGCUUGACCUGCCAGGCUCUUCUCCAAAUACAGUGACUCUGAAAAGCACGGGUGAAUGUUUUUUUCCUAGCGGACAGCCCUGUAACGAAGAGACCCAAAAGCUUCAUAGCCAAGACCUCCUGUACUCCUAUGCUGCUUACUCUGCCAAAGGAACUCUCACGGCUGAAGUGGUAGACGUGCAGUAUGGGACCGUGAAAGAUUUGCUCAGGAUUCCAGAUAUCACCGUCACCCACAAAAUCGCCCUUUUGAAACUAGGACAUUUUCCCUUGCUCUAUAAGCUUUCCCUGCUAGAGGAGAUGGGUUUUGGAGGUGCUCUUCUUUACAUUGACCCUUGUGAUUUACCAAAGGCACAAAACCUCAGCAAUAAAGCAUUUAUGGUAUCCUUAAACAGUGGAGGUGAUCCUUCGACACCUGGGUACCCGAGUAUUGAUGGAAGCUAUAAACAGAACCGACCAAACCUCACUUCUCUAUUAGUCCAGCCUAUUUCUGUGAUGCUGGCAAGAAAGCUGCUCUUUUCCCCUAAGGAAGGGGUUGAAAAUGAAGCAUGCAGGCCGCUGGAAUUGCCGGGGACAGCUGAAAGAACAGUUGUAAUUCUGAAUGUUCAGACUCAGCCAACGCGCAAGAAGAUGUCUAAUGUUAUAGGGUAUAUAAAAGGUGCUACACUUCCUGACAGAUACGUCAUCGUUGGCAGCCAUCACAGCAGCUUAUGGGGUUAUGGCAGCCAGCAGUGGGCUCACGGCACUGCGGUGAUGACGGCGCUCAUUCAAGCCUUGAUGCGGAAAGUGAAAAAAGGCUGGAGGCCGGAUCGAACGAUAAUUUUUGGCUCAUGGGGAGAAACAGCAUUUGGCAAAAUUGGCUCCUAUGAAUGGGCCGAGGACGUCAGGAAAGUUCUCGAGAGAAACGUUGUGGCCUACAUGAGCCUUCAUGAUCCCAUAAGAGGGAAUGCAGUUUUACACUCAAUAGCAUCCCCUUCCCUUCAGCAACUGGCAACCGAGGCUAGAAAGAGACAGAACGUCAGCUGUCUUGGGCAAGAGAGAUGCAGGGGAUCCAACGUGAGUUCCGUACAGAUGCAAGGGGAUUCUGAUUAUUUCGUCAACCAAAUCGGGGUCCCAGCGGUACAGUUUUCCUAUGAGGAUUCUACAGCGUCAGAGACAGCAAGCUUUCUCUCUGAAGCCCUCUUCCCUGUAUCUUCAACAGUACCCAAGGAGCCGGAUGCCUCCUUUCACCUGCAUGAACGCAUUGCUAAGCUGACGGGUGAAGUAAUUUUGCAAAUUGCAAGCAAUCCAGUUUUGCCGUUUAAUGCCCUGGACAUUGCUCUAGAAGUUCAGAAGAGCCUAAAAGGUGACCAUGAAGAUAUGGAACAGUUGUUGACAAUGGCCUAUGCUCUGCGAGAAAGUGCACAGUUGUUCCAGUCAGAUGAAAUGCGUCCGGCUAACGACCCAAAAGAAAGAGCUCCCAUGCGUGUCCGAAUGCUAAAUGACGUACUGCAGAAUCUGGAGAAAAACUUCCUCGUUCAACAAGUUCCUCCAGGAUUUUACAGAAACAUCCUUUACAAACUGGAUGAGAGGAAGCACCAAUUUUCGGUACUGCUGGAGGCGGUCGAACGCGGCAAGCUGCAUCAUUCAAACGAGACUCUUCAGCCGGCCUUGUCAAAAGUGCUCAACAGCUUCAAUUCAGCUCAGGUUUAUUUCAAAGCAGGACUCGAUGUCUUUGAGGCUGUCUUGGCGGGAAGCCAGUGAGGAAACAGCACUCCUUCUUGGCCUCUCUCGCUCUCUCUUGGACCCACACUCCAGAACGUUGUUUACAUUUUGCGACACAAAAACUUUGAGCUGGACCAGAAUUUCUGUCAGGUGGAAAGCUUUUCCAGGAGAGAGUUGUUGCCAGCUCUUUCAAAAGAGUCCUCGUUUCAAGGUACUAGUGUGUGCAUUUGGUUUCUAAAGCAGCCUUUUGCAUUGUUGGUAAUUUGUUCUGUAUCUCUAUGUAAAAAUUCUGAAUAUGUAAAAAAAAAAAAAUGAGGGAAGAAAACUUACCAUUUGAAUUUUAGAAAUGAAAUCUGCUGUUUUUUUAAAAAAGUUUAAUAUAUAGACAUAUAGACAUAUUCUAUAAAUAUAUAUUUAUGGCUUAAAA